AUGUCGAGCAGUGCUUCAGCGCAAGCUGCGAGACACGAGGCAGCAAUGAAAGCAAAGAGGCAACAACUUAAAGAGCAAGAGCGAGCACGAAUCGACGCAGGACUCCCUAUCAUUGUUCAUCGAGCCGCUAUGUCGAGUGCCUCAGAGCACGCUGCAAAACACGAGGCAGAGCAAGUGGAAAAGAAAAGGCGAGAAGGUCGCGGUAAUAGAAUCGGAACUGCGGAUGCCACGACGACUCCCAAGAACAGGACCAGAAACAAACGUCCGGCGACCGAUGCCCCCCCUGAACCAUUGCCAAUUGUCUCCGAGCUCGUCGAGUACUAUGUGAGCAGUCCCAUCCCUAUCCUGCAGAACCCUAGAUCUAACGAGGUUGAAUUUGCGUAUUGUCCAGAAAUGCGGAGCAUGCGGGUAGGUCCAUCCGCCAAUUAG